CCGUUUCAAAUGUAUUACUAAAAGACCGACUCAGAUUAAGUCUGAGGCCGGUAACAUCAACAGUGAAGACAAUCCCAGCCUGCCACUCUCCUUCCACACUGAGUCCAAACCUAUAGUCACUGGGUCCUGAUUGUAACAGUGGAGCCCAGUUUGUACUGCAGGAUCCAGAGAUGGCAUCAGUGAAGCUGGAAGACUGCAGUCAAACACUGGAGCUGAAUGUCAACAUUAAAGAUGAAGAAGAGGAGGAGAAGAUUAGGACAACUGUUAGUCAUGGACGACUUGAAUUAAGUCUGAGGCCGGUAACAUCAACAGUGAGGACAAACGCAGCCUGCCUCUCUCCCUUCCACACUGAGUCCAAACCUACAGUCACUGGGUCCUGAUUGUGACAGUGGAGCCCAGUUUGCUCUGCAGGAUCCAGAGAUGGCAUCAGUGAAGCUGGAAGACUGCAGUCAAACACUGGAGCUGAAUGUCAACAUUAAAGAUGAAGAAGAGGAGGAGAAGAUUGGGAAAUCUGUUAGUCAUGGAGACCGUGUUGAGACAUUCUCUACAUCCAGAGAGACACAGCAGGAAGAUCACAGAGCUAAGAGGUCUCACCACUGCCCACAUUGUGAGGAGAAUUUUCCAAUUCUAUCAAAGCUAAAAGUCCACUUAAAAAUACACACAGGAGACAAUCUGUAUUCCUGUACUGACUGUAGGAAGAGAUUCACAACAUCAAGGGCUCUGACACUUCAUCAGAGAGUGCACACAGGAGAGAAGCCUUACUCCUGCUCGUACUGUGGAAAAUGCUUCACAACAUCCUCUGAGUUAACAGUUCAUCAGAGAACACACACUGGAGAAAAGCCUUAUAUCUGCUCUGACUGUGGGAAGAGUUUCUCUCACCUGUGUAACUUUAAAGCACACCAACGUAUACAUGCAGGAGAGAAGCCGUUCUCCUGCUCUGACUGUGGGAAGAGUUUCUCUCAACAGAACCAUUUAAAGUCACACCAACGUAUACACACAGGAGAGAAGCCUUACUUCUGCUCUGACUGUAGGAAGAGUUUUUCCCACCUGUGUAACUAUAAAGCACACCAACGUAUACAUGCAGGAGAGAAGCCAUUCUCCUGCUCUGACUGUGGGAAGAGUUUCUCUCAACAGAACCAUUUAAAAGCACACCAACGUAUACACACAGGAGAGAAGCCUUACUACUGCUCUGACUGUGGGAAGAGUUUCUCUCGAUUGGAUACUUUAAAAUCACAUGAACGUAUACAUACAGGAAAGAAGCGUUACUACUGCUCCGACUGUAGGAAGAGUUUCUCCCACCAGGGUAGCUUAAAAAACACCAAUGUAUACACACAGGAGAGAAGCCUUACUCCUGCUGUGACUGUGGAAAAUGCUUCACAACAUCAUUUGAUCUAAAAGUUCAUCUGAGAACACACACUGGAGAAAAGCCUUACAUCUGCUCUGACUGUGGGAAGAGGUUCUCUCAACAGAACCAUUUAAAAACACAUCAACGUAUACACACAGGAGAGAAGCCUUACUACUGCUCUGUCUGUGGGAA